AUGUUCUUGGAAUGGAUCUACGAGGCGGGCCAGUUGAUCGGAUCCAUCACGGACAAGGCCACCAACUGGUGGCUCGGGAACUUGGAACUGGCAAAGAUGGCGUACUACAAGUUCCAGGCCGAGACCCCCCUGAAGAGGCUUUCCAUAACUGUCGGCAACGACGAGGCGGUGCAUGGAGAAAAGUGGGUUCGCCUGGAAAGGCGAGUGAUGGCGCUGCUCUUGGCCACAAUGAACUCGACGAUCAAGGCGGAGAUCACCAUGCUGCGGAUUGACAAGGUCAAGAGCUGCCUCUUCAAGCUCUUUACAAUCUACGCCCCUGGAGGCGCGAGCGAGAGGGCAAGCCUGAUCAAGCAGCUUGAGCAUAUUCAGCCUCAGAACAACGUCGUAGAGAUGAUUGCCGCGCUCCACAAGUGGAAGAAGCUCAUUGGCCGAGCAGCUGAAAUGGGAGUAUCCCUACCCGAUGGAAGUGUGCUCCUUGUGGCAUUGGAGGCAGCCAUCAAGAACCUCACGGAGAACAACAAGGAUAUCAGUUUCAAGCUGAACAUGGCUAAGAGUGAGCUUGGGCUUCCCUACAAGCCGGCCUUGUCCGCGGUGCUCACGUACGCGGACCAUGUCAUUGCGGAGCUCCAACAGGUGAUCCCUUUCAGCAACCAGAUCGCCAAGCUGAAGGGUGCGAGCGUGGAUCCGAGGACACCUUCGUCAUCCACUUCUCCGACUGGGAAGGGCCAGGGACAGAAGCAACAACCGCCCUGCAAGUUUUGGGCCACUGACGAAGGGUGCCGCCGUGGUGCCAAUUGCAAGUUCACGCACGCCUUUGCCAGCAAGGAAGACAAGAAGGACCAGUCGAACACGGGCGAGAUCCGGGAUUUGGCAGAGCAAUUUCUUGCGAAGAUCAAGCGGCUGGCACCGAUGCAGACCCAGACCGACAAUGCGGUGGUGGACCUGGAGUUGUUGCUCAGAUCGCAGGGAUUCAGCGAAUCCCAAGGAAUGGCUCUUCUUGAUUCAGGUGCCUCCCACCCCUUCCGAGUGCCAAAGUCACUAGAAGAGAGAACCUCUUCGAGAAGGGUUCAGGUGCAGCUUGCGGACGGGAAGACCAUCUCGUUGAGACAAAACAGCGGCGGCACACUACUCGCUGAAACCGAACAGGGUGGCACAAUACUGCCGCUGGGAAGCUUGGUAAGCUCUCUGGGGUGCGAACUCCAGUGGUCAAGGAAGCGUGGACUACAAGUCCGUCAUCCACGUCAUGGGCUCCUCCCCACGAAACUCGUGGGCAACACGCCGGUCCUCCGGGAAGCGGAGGCGUUGCAGCUCAUCUCGGACCUUGAAGAGGUGGAACUCCAGAAGUUAAAGGCCCAGACCACUGAGGGAGUGAUCAAGGCGCUGGUGACGGAUGAGACUCCGACAACUUGGCUGGACCACUUGGAGGAGUUUGUGGCCACGGGUAAGCGAGCAUGCCUCCGGCGAAUGCUCAUGGACGACGAGGCUCCCAUCAAGGCGGCUACGGAGGAGGAGAUAGCAGUCUUGGUAGGAGUGGAGGAGAAGAUCCUGCUAUCAGACGAGGCGGGCGCGUUCUACUUGAAGUCUCUCCCCUACAACCGGGCUACGCGCAAGCGAAUGCUGAGGACGAGGUGGAUUGUGCAUUUGUUCAAUGGAGACGAGCAAGGACCUGAGUUUACCUAUGCAGAGUCCGAUGAUGUUAUGGUGGUCCGAAUGGAUGUGAGGACGUCCAAGGGGUUUGAUCUCCGAACGUAUGGACCCGCAGCCCGGGCUCUCUUGUGGGCAGCAGCGCGUGGACAGAUCGAAGGCGUCAUCGGUGCCCCACCACGUGGUUCGGAACAUGGGUCAACGUUGUUCAAGAGAUUGAUGCUGACGUGGCUAGUGGCCAACUCUGGUGCAGUCCAACAAGCCCUGUGUGCCCCCCCAUUUCACGAUGGAGGCUCCAACCUGGCACCCGAUCUGGACAAGCAGUGCUUGGUUGAAUUUCCGUGA